ACUAUACAGCUAAGCAAAGCUAAUCGCUGUUGGAUUAUUAAUCACAGAUUUCAGAAAUCAAAAAACAUUUUUCGUUUUUUUCAUGGCAUUUUCAUUGCCACCAAUCAGCCCUUUAUGCAGAUAUGUGUAUCGAUCAACCCGCUGAUCAUGCAGCCCUGGUUAAUAUUUGUUGUGUUGAACGUUGCAGCCAAAUGAUUUUUAAACAAUAAAAAAUGUCUUCUGUCCGACCGCUGGUAACCGUGGUGCGGGCCGGGCGACAUAGCUAUUCAGCAGGACUACAGCUACAGCAACGUCUGGCUAAGUCCAACCAGAUCCUGAAUCCGCCAGCGGAAUUCAGAAACUAUCUGGUGCUUCAGGAGCACGAACCGGUGUAUACAGUCGGACUGAGAACAAAGACCUAUACCGUGAAGGAUGAGGACCGACUGCGCCGGAUAGGAGCGGACUUCCAUCGUACAGAUCGCGGUGGCAUGAUUACUUUUCAUGGCCCCGGCCAGUUAGUGGCCUAUCCCAUUCUGCACCUGGGACAGUUCAUGCCGAGCAUCCGCUGGUACGUGGCGACGUUAGAGCGAAUGGUUGUCGAGGCCUGCCACCAGAUGGGCAUUCGCGGUGCCAAGGCGACCAAAGACACCGGUAUUUGGGUGGGUGACAACAAGAUCUGUGCCAUCGGUAUCCACGGCUCGCGUUACGUCACCACUCAUGGAAUCGGCCUCAAUUGCUGCACGGAUCUGCGGUGGUUCGAGCACAUUGUGCCCUGCGGAAUCCAGGGCAAAGGGGUCACCUCGCUCAGCAAGGAGCUGGGCAGACAUUUUCCUGUCCAGGAGGCUAGUGGCGCACUCCUCACAAGUUUCGCCAAAGUGUUCGAAUGCCGUCUUCAGGAGCAGGCCACACAUCCAGCUAGUCCUGAUAAAAUCGGUUAAUACGAUUUUUUUGAUACAUAUUGUAUUGUAUUAUAAACACCGCCGAAUAAAUUAGGAACGCCUCAAUACAUAUUUUAUUUAA